GGCCGUUAUAUAGCAGUCGCACAGUUCCUGCGGAAGUUCGAUCAUCUUCAAAUUGGUGAAAUUGGAACCCAAAUUUAGAAAUCCAUCUUUCUCUCUCUUUGAAUUCAGUGCCAAAAGGGUUUCUUUAGGAUUCGAAGAAGAUAUCAAAGAGAUAACUUCGGAGAUUCAUCAAUGGCGGAUCCCGGUCCCGCCAGUUUUUGGACGCAAGCUAAUGCCUUGCUGCGAAAAAACUUGACCUAUCAGAAACGGAACAUAUGGACCAACGUUCGACUCGUCAUGAUUCCCUUCUACCUUUGCAUAAUCCUGGUGGCCAUUCAAAUCCUUUUCGAUACGCAAAUAAACAACUCUACAGAUAAUCAAUGUGGCUGUCAAUGCGUAGAUACAAAUGGAGACGGUAAAUGCGAAAAAACCUGCGGGAUAGAGUAUUCAUCUCAGGAUCAAGGAGCUUUUUGUGCCAUCCCUAGCCCUCCAAGGUGGCCUCCAUUGUUACGUAUUCCUGACCCCAAAUACCGUGCUGUUACCACCGAUUUCAUUUCCUACAGAGACCUCCCUGAUGAAUCGUGCAGACAGACGGGAUCUUGUCCUGUAACUAUGCUUAUGACAGGGAACAACCGUUCCCUAGGACAAACUUUGUCAGAGAAAAUGUACAGUAACUCUUUUACAGUAACUCCCUCUGAUCCAUUGGGUAGUUUAGCCAACAAUGUCCUGGGUUCAGCAUCAAAGACAGACUAUACCAAUUAUCUUGAUCCGGGGAUUGUCUCAACUCUUCCCAUCUAUAACAUCCAACCCCAAUGCAGUCCAAACUCCACAUUUUCAUUCUUAUUGCAACAAUCUUCUCUUCAGUUUCGGAAAGAGGUGAAAUGUGUUCGAGGUUUGAAUCUCUGGCGAAAUGCCUCCUCAGAAGUCAAUGAUGAGAUUUACAAGGGUUACUGGAAGGGAAAUCCUGAGAGGAGGAUAAAUGAGAUAGUUGCAGCCUAUGAUUUCAUGAACACGUAUAGCAACGUCUUUAAUGUGAGCAUCUGGUAUAACUCAACGGACAAGAAUGAUACAGUUAGAAGACCAAUAGCAUUGGUUCGGGUUUCCCGUUUGAUCAAUUUGGUAUCAAAUGCUUAUCUUGACUUUUUGCAAGGCCCAGAGACAAAGAUGCUGUUUGAAUUUGUCAAAGAAAUGCCGAAAUCAGAGACCAAACUCCGUCUGGACAUUGCAACUCUUAUUGGCCCGCUUUUCUUCACAUGGGUUGUUCUGCUUCUGUUCCCUGUGAUCUUGACAUCGUUGGUGUAUGAGAAACAACAACGUCUAAGAAUUAUAAUGAAAAUGCAUGGGCUAGGGGAUGGUCCAUACUGGAUGAUCUCCUACACCUAUUUUCUUGCCAUAUCCAUAUUAUACAUCAUAUGCCUGGUUAUAUUCGGAUCAGUUAUAGGACUGAAGUUCUUCCGGCUUAACGACUACAGCAUCCAAUUUGUUUUCUAUUUUAUCUACAUAAAUCUGCAAAUCUCCCUUGCCUUUCUAGUUUGUUCAAUGUUUUCAAAGGUUAAGACAGCAACAGUUGUUGCUUACAUACUUGUGUACGGAACUGGACUCUUGGGGGUCUUCCUCUUCCAGUUUCUCGUUGAAGAUCCAUCAUUCCCAAGAGGCUGGAUUAUUGUAUUGGAGCUUUAUCCUGGCUUUUCUUUGUACCGUGGGUUGUACGAGUUCUCACAAUAUGCUUUCCAGGGAAACUUCAGAGGCACAGACGGGAUGAAGUGGAACAAUUUCAGUGAUAGUGGGAUGGAUGACGUGUUUGCCAUCAUGAUUGUUGAAUGGUUUCUGGCUCUCAUAAUGGCAUACUACAUUGAUCAGAUUUCUUCAUCUGGAAAAAGCCCUUUGUUUUUCUUGAAAAACCCUUUCAAGAAAUCGCCUUCUCUACGAAGGCCUAGUUUUCAGAGGCAGGGCUCCAAAGUCUUCGUUGAGAUGGAGAAACCAGACGUCAUUCAGGAGAGAGAAAAAGUUGAGCAAUUGUUGCUAGAGACGAGCACAAGCCAUGCUAUUGUGUGUGACAACCUCAAGAAAGUGUAUCCAGGUAGGGAUGGGAACCCACCAAAAAUGGCUGUAAGAGGAUUAUCUCUCGCCAUUCCUGCAGGAGAGUGCUUUGGCAUGCUAGGCCCCAAUGGUGCCGGCAAGACCUCUUUCAUCAAUAUGAUGACGGGGCUUGUGAAACCGACAUCUGGUGGAGCGGUUGUUCAGGGUUUGGACAUUAGCAAAGAUAUGGGCAGAAUAUACACGAGCAUGGGCGUAUGCCCACAGCACGACUUGCUAUGGGAGACACUGACAGGAAGGGAACAUCUUCUAUUCUACGGGAGACUUAAGAAUCUCAAAGGCUCCACUCUGAUUCAAGCUGUGGAAGAGUCUCUUAAGAGUGUCAACCUUUUCCGUGGAGGAGUUGCCGACAAACCCGCUGGGAAAUACAGCGGAGGAAUGAAAAGGCGACUAAGUGUAGCCAUUUCGCUCAUCGGAAAUCCUAAGGUCAUUUACAUGGAUGAGCCGAGCACUGGACUCGAUCCAGCCUCCAGGAACAACUUAUGGAAUGUCAUCAAGCGUGCAAAACAAAACUCGGCAAUAAUCCUCACCACACACUCGAUGGAAGAAGCAGAAUAUCUUUGUGACCGUUUAGGUAUCUUUGUAGACGGAAGCUUACAGUGCAUAGGAAAUCCCAAAGAGUUGAAGGGAAGAUAUGGUGGAUCGUAUGUCUUCACCAUGACAACAUCUUCGGAAUACGACGAAGAGGUGGAGAAACUGGUCCAACAUGUCUCGCCAAACUGCAGGAAGAUCUACCACAUUUCCGGAACUCAAAAGUUUGAGCUUCCGAAGCACGAGGUCAGGAUCUCCGAGGUUUUUCAGGCUGUGGAUAAGGCGAAGAAUAACUUCACCGUUUUCGCUUGGGGACUCGCCGACACAACUCUCGAAGAUGUCUUCAUCAAGGUUGCCAAAGCUUCUCAGUCUUUCAAUGUCUUUUCUUGAUUCUGUUAAAACUGAAAUCCCUCUCUUUUUUUCAUACAUAUACAUGUAAUGUAUGUAUGUAUAUAUACACACAGUUUAAACACUUCAUGUAAUUUUAAGUAAUCUUAUGUGAAAAGGAAAUGUAAUUUUAAAAUUUUUA